AUGGUCAAAAUCAAGAGUUACACGCCCCCGUGGCUCUCAAAGCCCUCGAUUGGUCACGAGGUCUUCGCUCCUUCGGAUCUUGACAACGGGAGGAGCUCCUCGACAACCAAGAAUCGCACGCCACCAGGACCACGGCGCACGAUUGCUCGGCGUGGCACAGAGGUCUUCGUCGCUGUUGGAAAAGAGAUUCGUUGGGCAGAUCUGGUUUACCUAAAGGAACGAUGGCAAGAUGGCGUGGAUCGCAACCCAGAGACUGGCCGGUUCAAGCGCGAGAGCUCCCUUGCUCCAGGCGAUGACGAUAUCUCCCAACCUUCUCUGUCGGAUGAUGCGGAGGGCUUUCGUACCCUUCAAGUGCCUGUUGGUGGAGACAUCCAACAGCUCAUCAUGUCGCCAUUUGCCAACUUCAUGGCGGUCGUCACCACCCACACCGUGCGCGUUAUACUACUGCCAGACUCGUCCCACCUGACAGCGCCGAGUAUCGAAGUCAUCAAGCCCAAAUCGUGGACGCUCGGCCCAACCACGCACGUCGUCGACAGGUCUGCGAUUGCUUCCGUGCUGUGGCAUCCUUUGGGAGUUAAUGGCUCCGCCUUGGUCACGGUCACAAAGGACGCUAUUGUACGCGUGUGGGAACUUUCCCAGAACGACCGAUGGAGCUUUGAUACGCCUUCGUUCACUAUCGAUUUGCAGAAACUCGCAGACGGCACAUCCCUCGACCAGAACUUUUCAGCUUCAACGGACGGGACGACCAAAGGAUUCACCCCAGACUCGUUUGAGAUGGAGGUGGCUUCUGCUUGCUUUGCCGGUAGGGGCUCUGGGGGUUGGUCGCCCAUGACCUUGUGGAUCGCAAUGCGUGAAGGCGACGUCUAUGCGCUGUGUCCAUUGCUGCCAACCCUAUGGGCGCCACCUCCUACACUGAUACCAUCUCUGUCCGUAUCGAUCGUGGCAAAUCUUGCAGCCAACGAAGACGAUCCGGCAGUCUCGGAACAAGCAAGACUGCUUGCACAGCAACAGCUCGACUGGAUGGGCGAUCUUGACAAUCAGGAGCCCAGAAUCAUCGAGGGGCCUCCCGGCGAGCCGCCGACUGAGGUCUACCAGCGUCCCGCCCGUCCCGGCAUCGUGCCAAGGUUGCAAGGCCCAUUCGAGCUCGAGAUGAGCCCGGACUCGGAGGUGGAUCUUGAUCUUGAGUUGAGCGAUAUCUUUGCUAUCGGCGAGAAGCUUGACACCGACGAGCUCAUGAUGGGCGAGGAUGAAGAGUUGGAGCUCGAGGAUAUUGAACGAGAGGGCCUCUCUCUGUCCGUUAUCUGCCUGCUGUCCUCGAGCGGGCAGUUGCGGAUUUGCCUCGACGUGCAAGGCGUACAAGCUCAAUGGCUACCUCCCCAGAACAAAUCCAAGAUCAUGGGACGUGUCACGAUACCACCUUCGCUCUUAACCUUCCAGACUAUGGAUAUUCUGACUGCGGUUGAUGAUGCCGAAAAUGGCUGGCCAGUGUUCAGCCCGGAUGUCACUUCUCGCUACUCAUUCUACGUCACGCACCCAUCCUCGAUUACUCUUGUCUCACUCUCGCCCUGGGUUUUCCGAUUGGAGAGUGAACUGCAGGGCGAUUCAGAAGCCGGAUCGGACUUCAGGAUCGACCUUCUUGUGAGCGGGCAAAGCUCCACCAGAGAGCGCUUGUAUGCCAAUCAAGGACGUGGCGACUCCCACCUUCCUCUGGCGGCAGCGGUUGCCAUCCGCGAUCCGGAUCUUGGCUAUUUUCUCCUGUCAGCCACACCGUACGAGCCGGUGGCCAUGGCAUUUGACGUCCCAGAAGACGAGUUCCAGCCUGUUCGUUCAGUGUCCCCGGCGUUUGAUAAGGACGCCGAGGUACAGCCGCUCGACUUCUACGAGCCACGUCCAGUCUUUCAACCAUCUCACGUCUUCGAUGAGAGCUCGACACUGCCUGCUUUGCUUGAGAAACUUCGGACUAGUCGCUACAAGGCGCUUGUGAACCAGGAGGUGCGCUGCUCGCCUGCUACGUUGCAAGUGUUUACGGACAGCCACAAGAUCCUUAGCGAUGAGACAUACAGGCUUGGUGUUGCCGCGGCUGAACUGUUCAGGCGCUGCGAGAAGCUCCAGAACGAGCUCAAGCAGCAGAUCAUCAAGGCGAAUGAAGUCAAGACAAGGGUUGAGGCCGUCACCGGCGACGAUGAGCAGGAUGAGGACGGCGCCACAGAGACCAAUGAUGAAGCCAUUCAGAGGAGGAUACAGGAAGCACAGGCUCGAGGAGAACAACUACAAGCCCGGCUGGAGGCUAUGCGUCGCAAGGUCAGCAAAGCGACCAGUCGAGAGCUCAGUGACAAGGAGAAGUCCUGGGUCACAGAAGUCAGGACGCUCGGGUCCACAAUACUGGGCGGUGACGAUGCGGCCCAAGGCCCUCCCAAACUCAGACAAACAAUCCAGAGGUACAAUGAUGCCAUGGCUCUGGGCGAGGAGCUGAGCGACGAGGCGAAAAAGCUAGGCGGCAAUGGCACCGAGGACGACGCUGCACCAAGCCCAGCGAAGGGCGAUCUGCGUGUCCCAUCGGACUUGCGGAAAGCCAAGGUCACCCAAGUUAAGAGCCUGCUCGAAAGAGAGAGCAUGCUAUUAGAGGCGGUCAAGUCACGACUGGAAAGGUUGACGGUAACAAACUGA